AUGAAGAAACUGUGUGCUUUCACUAAUUCAUUUUUGCUCCUGACGUUUUUUCUCUUCUUGUGCUGUUUGACAGAACCCACUUGCUUUUGGAGGAUAAAGAAUAAUGAAGAUAAUGAUGGAGAUUUGAGAAGUGAUUGUGGCUUUUUCCUUUUUACAACAGAGGAACCUGUUGAAGACAAUUUUUAUAAUAAAACUAUUCUUUUUAGAAUACCCACAAGAAAAUAUGAGUUUUUUCUGGUAAUGUUUUUUGCUACUGAUGAAAUCAAUAAAAAUCCUUAUAUUUUACCCAAUAUAUCUUUGGUAUUCUCAACCACUCUUGGUCUGUGUGAAGAUUCAUUGGACGUUCUUGAUCAAAUACAUUCACCAAUCUAUAGUUUUAAUUUUAUUAAUUAUAUCUGUGGAAAAGAGGCAUUUUGUGAUAUAGAACUUACUGGACCAUCAUGGAAAAUAUCCUUAAAACUAGCAAGUGAUUCUAGCACACCAAAGCUUUUCUUUGGACCAUUUAAUCCUAACCUAAAUGACCAUGACCAGUUGCCCUAUGUCCAUCAGGUAGCUACCAAAGACACACAUUUGUCCCAAGGCAUGGCCUCCUUGUUGCUUCAUUUUGGAUGGAUUUGGAUAGGACUGGUCAUCUCAGAUGAAGACCAGGGCAUUCAGUUUCUCUCAGACUUGAGAGAAGAAAUGCAAAGGCAUGGGAUCUGUUUAGCUUUUGUGAACGCGAUCCCAGAAACCUUGCAGACAUACAUGACAAAGGCUAUGAUAUAUGAUAAACAAAUUAUGACAUCUUCAGCAAAGGUUGUUAUCAUUUAUGGUGAGAUGUACUCCACUUUAGAAGUCAGCUUUAGAAGAUGGGAACAUUUAGGUGCACAGAGAAUCUGGAUCACUACUUCACAAUGGGAUGUUAUCACAAUCAAAAACGAAUUCAGCCUUGAUUUUUUCCAUGGGACUGUCACUUUUUCACAUCAUGUAGGUGAGAUUGUUGAAUUCCGUAAUUUUAUGCAAAUUCUGAACACUGAUAAAUACCCAGUAAACAUUUCUCAGUCUAUACAUGGGUGGAAUUAUUUUAAUUGUUCAAUCUCUAAGAACAGCAGUAAAAUGGGUCAUUUUGCAUUCAAUAACACAUUGGAAUGGACAGCAGUGCACAAAUAUGACAUGGCCCUGAGUGAAGAAGGUUACAAUUUGUAUAAUGCUGUUUAUGCUGUGGCCCACACCUACCAUGAACGCAUUUUUCAACAAGUAGAGUCUCAGAAAAUAGCAGAACUCAAUGGAGAAUCCACUGACUGUCAGCAGGUGUCUACCUUGCUGAAGACCAGGGUAUUUAUUAACCCUGUUGGAGAAUUGGUGAACAUGAACCAUAGGGAAAAUCAGUGUACAGAAUAUGACAUUUUCAUCAUUUGGAAUCUUCCACAAGGCAUUGGAUUAAAAGUGAAAAUAGGAAGCUAUUUUCCUUGCAUCCCACAGAUGCAACAACUUCAUAUAUCUGAAGAUUUGGAGUGGGUGACAGGAGGAACUUCGGUUCCCUCCUCCUUGUGUAGUGUUCCAUGUGCUGCUGGACUUAGGAAAAUUCAUCAGAAAGAAACAACAGACUGCUGCUUUGAUUGUGUUCAGUGCCCAGAAAAUGAGGUUUCCAAUGAAACAGAUAUGGAACAAUGUGUGAGGUGUGCAGAUGAUAAGUAUGCCAACUUGGAGCAAACCCACUGCCUCCAAAGAGCUGUGUCAUUUCUGGCUUAUGGAGAUACCUUGGGGCUUGCUCUAUGCUCCACUGCUCUGUCCUUCUCAGUCAUGACAAUUCUAGUACUCUACACUUUUGUGAAGUACAGGGAUACUCCUGUUGUGAAGGCCAGUAACCACAUUCUCAGCUAUAUCCUGCUCAUCUCUCUAGUGUUCUGUUUUCUCUGCUCAUUGCUCUUCAUUGGACAUCCCAACAAGGCCACCUGCUUCCUGCAGCAGACCAUAUUUGGAGUAUUUUUCACAGUGGCUGUUUCUACAGUGUUGGCCAAAACAAUAACUGUGGUCAUGGCUUUCAAGCUCACUACUCCAGGAAGAAGGAUGAGAGGGAUGCUGACAUUGGGGGUACCUAACUUGGUCAUUCCCAUUUGUACUUUGAUCCAACUUGUUCUCUGUGGCAUUUGGUUGGUAACAUCUCCUCCCUUUAUUGACAGAGAUAUACAAUCUGAACAUGGAAAAACUGUCAUUAUUUGCAACAAAGGCUCACUCAUUGCCUUCCAUGUUGUCCUGGGAUAUUUAGGUUCUUUGGCUCUGGGGAGCUUCACUGUGGCUUUCCUAGCUAGGAACCUUCCUGACAGAUUCAAUGAAGCCAAGUUCCUAACUUUCAGCAUGCUGGUGUUCUGCAGUGUCUGGAUCACCUUCCUCCCUGUCUACCACAGCACCAGGGGGAAGAUCAUGGUGGCUGUGGAGGUCUUCUCUAUCUUGGCUUCUAGUGCAGGGUUGCUAGGGUGUAUCUUUGUCCCAAAGUGUUACGUUAUUUUAGUUAGAUCAGAUUCUAAUUUUAUACAGAAGAACAAAGAUAAAUUGCUUCACUGA